AUGCUUAGACGAAUGACAGACAAACUGCUUGCUCAUCCUGGCAACCGUGACCAUGGCUCUCCCUCACCCACAUCUACGCACAACAAUAUCCCAUCGUCAUCCUCUUUGUAUAAGCACAAUCCUAACCACCCACUCGCACCCACAUCAGGCCAUCCCCAUGCACCAGAAUAUCCUCUUCAUCGAGGCUCAAUCUCAACAGAACGAACAUCUGAAUCGGGAGACCGCUCAUAUCUCGCUAGACCCUCAGACGAGGAGCUUCCGCUACCCCCGCAACCGCGGCGGGUCAUGGGCAGCUACAAGCUCGCCGAUUUCUUCUUCCACAGAACACUGGGCACGGGCAGCUUUGGUCGUGUUCACUUAGUACGCUCAAAACACAACCUCCGCUUCUACGCCGUCAAAGUCCUCAACAAAGAAAAAGUGGUUCGUAUGCGCCAAGUGGACCACACGAAUAACGAACAGCGACUGCUCCUCGCCGUCCAAUACCCGUUCAUCGUCAACCUCUGGGGCACCUUCCAGGAUUUCACCAAUUUAUAUAUGGUUAUGGACUUUGUCGCCGGUGGAGAGUUGUUCACGCUUUUGAGGAGGUCGAAUCGCUUCCCUGACCCAGUAGCGAAAUUCUACGCAGCCGAGGUCUCGCUCGCGCUGAAUCAUCUGCACAAACACGACAUCGUCUACCGCGACCUCAAACCCGAAAACAUUCUGUUGUCGAUAGAUGGACACGUGAAGAUCGCGGAUUUCGGCUUCGCGAAGUUUUGUCCGAAUACGACAUGGGCGCUCUGUGGCACGCCAGACUACCUGGCCCCGGAGAUCAUCAAUCAACAGCGAUACAAUAAAUCGGUAGACUGGUACGCCCUCGGCGUGCUCGUGUUCGAGAUGUUGACCGGCCUCCCGCCGUUCCAUAUCCCGGGCGAGGCCGCAGGAUCGCCGAUGGGGCUUUAUCAGAGGAUUCAGAGGGGUAUACCGGCGAUCAGGUGGCCUGUUGCGUCUUCACAAAUGCCAGCGUCGACAGCCCCUGGGUAUCCCUUUAUCAACGCCCCCGCCCGGGAUCUGAUAUUACGCUUCCUGGAGUCAGACCCUUCGAAGCGACUGGGCAACCUGAAGAAAGGGUCGUACGACGUGUUUAACCACUCCUGGUUCGUCGAGGUGGACUGGGAUAGACUGGAAAGGAGGGAGGUGAUGGCACCGUAUAUGCCGAAGGUGAUGGGUGAGGGGGACGCGAGCGCGUUCGAGCAAUACCCGGAUGAAGACGUCUUACAGUCAUAUGGGAGUUAUGGUGGCGAUGUAAAGGAUUCGAUGAAGGAGCUGUUCCCGGAUUUCGAGUAUACGGCUCAUUGAGGUCUCUCUCAGGCUGACCGUAUACUUUUUUGGUCUUCGGUUUUUUUCGCACUGCAUCAUCAGCACCCUCAUCAUCCUCAUCAUCCUCACCCUCCUCCUCAUAUCAUGGACUUUGUUGUAUACGCCGUCGCUUAUGGAUUAAGCGAACGUGCGAUGCGGAUUCUUUCUUCCUUCCUUUCUUCCUGCGUUUCUUUCGCAUUUGUUGUUGUUGUUUGAGAGAUUGUGGUAUACCUGACAUCCCGUCUCCUCGUCUCUGUAGUUGUUCGGAUAUUCUCCCCGAGUUCAUCCGUGUCGUCUGUCUGCCCGAUGUUGGCACUGUUGUUUUUUGGAACUCCCUCCCUCUUGUUGUGCCUGUCCUUGUGUUUGUGUUUUGUCAUACCAACCCGUUCGUCGACAUCCAUGGGUGUUCUCCGUCUUCGCAAUGGAUUCGAGUCGCUGAUAUCCUUUCAUCGUCCUUUUUCUGUGGAUACCAUCCAAUGGAAUAUGGGGUCGUAUCAGUUGAACUGCAACUCGAGACCUUCUUGUCCACGCUUCUCUUCCUAUAGCUACUCGAGUACUUCCGGCUCCAGUUCCUGUUCUUUAUUCCUUCCUGUAUAUUCGUUUAUGUUUCCUGUUUCAGUCUGUAUUGUCCCCUCGCCUUGGUGAUGAGUCUUUGACUCUCACGCGCAACCUCCAUACAUACAUAACUCACAAAUUUG